AUGGACGCGCCGAAAACCAAACAAACCCUCAAGCAAGCCAAAGCCGCCUACAAAGCCCACGGGCCACGCAUCUCAUCACACGAAGCACGCCUCGCCGAGCGCAAUGCCGAGCUCGAGGCGCGCGCACAGCGGAUCCGCGAGGCGGAGCGAAGGCGCAGGGUGCUGGGCAGGCAGCGGGCGGAGAAGGAGAGGCGGGAGAGGGAGUUGCGGGAGCGGGAGGGGGUGGGGCUGGCGACGCAGUUGGUUGGGUUUAGUCAUUCGCAGCGGGCGAUGAAGAGUGGGAUGGAGGGGUGGGUUCGGAGGGGGGGUGGUGGUGGUGGUGGUGAUGGUGGUGAUGAUGGGUGUAAGAGGGAGAGUGGGAGUGGGAGUGGGAGUGGGAGUAAGAGUGAGGGUGAGAAAAAGGGACGUGGCGAGGAGGAAGAGGAAGAGGAGGAUGAGAUCUUUGUUGGGAUUGUGACUGGUGAUACUGCCGAUGGGAAAGAGAGAGGAGUGGGGUCGCAUAGUGGAGCUGAAGCUGAAGCGCAGGCGCAACGCAAAGAUGGAGAUCAAGAUGAAGACGACGACAUAUUUGCUGAGAUCGAGACUGAAGGCGCGCAUAGUACGGCGAGGCAGAAGGGUAAAAGCUGUCCUGUCGCGAAGGACCCUUGGAGCGAGGACGACUUGGAUGAGGAGUCAUUGUUGAGUAUUGCGGUUACACCAAGGCAUAAGCCUCAAUCUUCGAUGAUCGCUCCGCCGACGGAGCCUCUUGACCAAGUCAGGCCUCCGGGUAGCGAUCUUGGAAGCGAGGAGCAGAGAGAGAAGUGUAUCCCGGUAAUACAGCCUGCAUUGGAUCACAUCACAGCAAAGAAUGCGAACGGAAAGAGACCACGGGCGCCAGCGCCAGUACGAUCUCCCUCACCCAGAGAACCAAGCAAGGACCUUCCACCGCGCAUGUCAGAUGCUCCCAAGCCAAUCGAAAUCAAAACCCACAAAGACCACCCAAACAAGAUAAUAUCCGAAACGACACGAGCCAUCGCAGACAACCCUGUGCGCAAGACCAUGCUAGACAGAGCCAUACGCAAACCCAAGCCACCACCCAACAAGACAGACUGGAAGCCGCCAAACGCAUCCACAGGAGGCGUACCGUUCAUAAAAGCCAGCGUGUACCAAAAGAUACCUCAGCGGGACGAAUGGGAUGACUUUCUGGACAGCAGCACGCAGAUUGCUCGCGAACUGUCUGGUCCGAAACAGGCAGCGAAACCAGCUGAGAUACCGCUCGACGUGUUCAUCUGCACGCAGGAUCUCAAUCUGUCACUGAAUGAUUUGGAGGAGCUUGGUGUGCCUCAUGCUCCAAGCUUCUCGAGAGAAGAUGCACUGUUCAAAGCGAAGACAGUCUCGGCGCCGGCACCUCCGGCAGAGAAAACAGUUGUAAGUACAGGGGAUGGGACUGCUCGUCUCGGCCUUCAGAAAGCACAACUGCCUGCCCGGAAUGUGAAGCCACCCGUCUCCAAUCCGAACAUGCUGCCUCCCCCACGGCCACCUCCGAAGACUGUUGUUGAGGCGCCGAGAAUACAGGCGGUGCCGGUGAUGCAGGCUGGACGAUGUCCUGCGUUGAAGGACGAUUUUGGAUUCUCCACGCAGGAUAUGCGAUCGUUUGUGGAUGAUGAUAUCACGCUGUCCCCUGAUUGA